AUGUCAGGACGUGGUAAAGGUGGCAAAGCCAAGACCGGAGGUAAAGCCAAGUCCCGUUCUUCAAGAGCUGGUCUACAAUUCCCAGUAGGUCGACUUCAUCGUAUAUUGCGUAAAGGCAACUACGCCCAACGUGUUGGUGCUGGAGCUCCCGUGUAUCUGGCCGCUGUUUUGGAGUACCUGGCGGCCGAAGUGCUGGAAUUGGCUGGAAAUGCGGCUCGCGACAACAAAAAGUCCAGAAUCAACCCGCGCCAUCUUCAACUGGCGGUGAGGAACGACGAGGAAUUGAACAAGUUGUUGGCUGGAGUUACUAUUGCUCAAGGUGGUGUUUUGCCCAACAUUAACGCCAUUUUGUUGCCCAAGAAGAGUGCUGAAGCUCAAGCUUGA